AUGAAUAAUUUAAAUUAUUUUAAAAGAUUUUACAAGUGGCCAGUUAGAAUCAGCGACAUUAGAAAGAGCGGGGAUGCAGGUAUCGAUUCAAAUAAAAUUCAUAAAGUUAAAGGAUGGGUCAGAAAUAUCAGAAUACAGAAGAAUGUUAGUUUUAUAGAAGUUAAUGAUGGAUCAAGUGUACAAGGACUACAAAUCGUAGGUGAUAAAGACACAUUUAGCAAUAUUAAGCAUGGUUCAGCAGUUGAGGCUGAAGGAAAUUUAAUGAAAGGUGAGGGAAAAAACCCACAAGUAGAAAUGCAAUUAAAGAAUAUCAAAUUAAUAGGAGAUUGUCCUAACGAAUUUCCAUUGCAACCAAAACAUCACACAUUCGAGUUCCUUAGAGAAAUCGCCCAUUUAAGAUCAAGAGGUAAUACAGCAGGUGCAUUAUUCCGUAUGAGAAAUGAAUCAACACAAUUAAUACAUCAAUACUUUAACAAGAAUGGCUUCAUUAAUGUACAUACACCAAUUAUUACAGCAAGUGAUUGUGAAGGUGGUGGUGAACAAUUUCAAGUCGUUUCAACACUAGAUAAUAAAUCAAAUAAACAACCACACUUUUUUGGUGAACCUGCUUACCUUACAGUUUCGGGUCAAUUAGAGGCUGAAAUUUUUGCAUCAUCUCACUCUAGAGUAUACACAUUUGGUCCAACUUUUAGAGCAGAAAAAUCAAAUACACCAAGACAUCUUUCAGAGUUUUGGAUGAUCGAACCUGAAAUAGCUUUUAUUGACCUCAACGAUAAUUUAGAUAUUGCUGAAGAUUUUCUUAAAUAUGUUAUAAAUAAUUUAUUAAUCAAUUGCAAAGACGAUAUAGAAUUUUUUAACAAGAGAAUCGAUACAGGUUUAAUUGAAAGAUUAAAAAAAACAGUUGAUAAUAAAUUUAUAAGAUUAGAGUAUAAAGAUGCAAUCAAUCUAUUAAAAGAAUCAAAAGAAAUCACUCAAAACUCAAUUGAAAUGGGUGAUGACCUUCAAAGAGAACACGAAAAAUAUAUUACUCAACACUUUGGCAAUGUUCCAGUAUUUAUUAUUAAUUGGCCAAAAUCUAUUAAACCAUUCUAUAUGAGACAAGACGAUAGCAACCCAAAUGUUGUUUCAAAUAUGGACUUAUUAGUACCCGAAGUAGGUGAAUUAAUUGGUGGUAGCAUAAGAGAAGAACGUUAUGAUAUACUUUUAAAAAAUAUUCAAGAUUUAGGAAUGGAUCAAAAAACCUAUGAAUGGUAUUUAGAUUUAAGAAAAUAUGGUUCUGUACCACAUGGUGGUUUUGGUUUAGGUUUUGAACGUUUCCUUCAAUAUGUCACUGGUUUACAAAAUAUCAGAGAUGUUAUACCAAUUCCAAGAUAUCAAAACUAUUGUAAAUUUUAA